UGAUGUGAGCUGACCCAACUCGCCACAGACCCGCUAAGAACGAUCAUGAGAGACCAGGCCGAAGAAUAAAGACGUUAAAGCUACGCAUCUUGGAAAUGUUAUGUACGCAAUAGAACCGACAUUUCAGAACCAUCGCAUGUUAAGGGAUUACGGGAUUACUUCUUCUGUAAAGACUUGGAAGCGGACCUGCUGCCCCACUGAAGACAGAUAAGAGCCGUUCCCAACUGAAGUGCUAUGGCCCCUGCUGCAGUGAGGAGUCCUAGCCUCAGGCCUUCAUAGUGGACAUUGAGCUAUCAUCACACACGGGUGUAGGCCAGGGCCAGGCCAGGGUCAGACUCCCGGAGCUGGGAUGAUCACCUCCCACAUGAACGGAGGACCCGGAUAUGUAAUAGAGGACCCAAUGGGGCCUGUGAGUGGCACAGAGGGUCCUGGGAGUGGAGCCAAGCUGCAGCAGAGGGAGAGGGCUGUGGACUGCCCCCCUGGGGACAAGGUGGUGGGGACUGGGAGCAGCGUUGUGCAGGGUUCCCGGUGCAGCGCCCAGAUGGAGAGGAUCCAGCGGUACCAGGAAGAGCUGAGGAGGAAGAGGGAGGAGGACGCCAACAAAGGGAAGCAUGAGAUCGAUCUCAACGCCUCGCUCAGGCUCAAGAAGCUUGCCCAGAACCCAGCCAAGAUGGGUAUUGACAACCCUACGUUCGAAGCGCCUAAGGCGGGCAAGGAGACCAAGGAUGGGAGCCCCCCGCUUGGCAGGGACACGGUUGUGGAGCUGGAGGAGCUGCUGGAGGCCCUGCGGCGGGUGCAGAGCUGCCUGGUGGAUGCCCAGUCGCAGGCCGACGUGGCUCUGGUGCUGGGCCUGCUGCACAAGGAGGACUUCCAGAGCGCCUUCGCCAUCCACAGCGCCGUGGCCCAGCAGAUGCAGCCGCGUGGCAGCCCGGCCUUGCCCCUCACCGCCCAGGCCCGCAGCCUUUAUCAGGAGGUGCAAUGCAUCCUACAGUCCAGUCACCAGGAGGAAGGUGUAGAGCUCAGGAACCUACUCACCACCCCCCACUUCCAGGCUCUGAUGCAGGCCCAUGACAGUGUGGCGGAGCAGGAGUUGGAGCCGGACCCAGAAGAGAGAUUGAUUCAGUACCUGGGUGAGACCGUCAAACUGGUGCGGCUGGAGAAGGCCAGCGACAUUCCUCUGGGCGCCACGGUUCGUAACGAGAUGGACAGCGUGGUGGUGAGUCGUGUGGUAAAGGGCGGGACAGCCGAGCGGAGCGGUCUCCUGGCUGAGGGAGAUGAGAUCCUGGAGAUCAACGGCGUGCCUGUCCGCGGGAAGAACGUCAACGAGGUCCACGACCUUCUGGUGGAGAUGCAUGGUACUCUGACCUUCCUCCUUAUCCCCAGUUCUCAGAACAAAACACCCUCACACAGGCAGACUGUGAUGCACGUGAGGGCUUACUUUAACUACGACCCGUCUGAUGACCCGUACGUGCCGUGCAGGGAGCUGGGCCUGUCCUUCCAAAAGGGAGACAUCCUCCACAUCAUCAGCCAGGAUGACCCCAGCUGGUGGCAGGCCUACAGGGACGGGGAUGAGGACAACCAGCCCCUAGCCGGGCUAGUACCAGGGAAGAGCUUCCAGCAGCAGAGAGAAGCUAUGAAGAAAACCAUUGUGGACAGGAAUCCUGACAGCCCAGGGAAGCUUUGGUGUGCAAAGAAGAACAAGAAGCAGAGGAAGAAAACCAUAUACAACCCCAAUAGGAACGUUGACUACUACGCCGAUGAAAUCCUGACCUAUGAGGAGAUGGCACUCUACCACCAGCCGGCCAAUCGCAAGCGACCUAUCGCUCUGAUUGGUCCACCCAACAGCGGGCAGGACGAGCUGCGGCAAAGGCUGCUGUCCAUCGAGCCGGACAGGUUCGCCGGCGCCGUGCCACAUACAACUAGAAACCCACGCAUACAUGAGAAGAACGGGAGGGAAUACCACUUUGUAAACCAGCUGGCGUUUGAGGCGGAUGUGGCAGCGGGGAAGUUCAUUGAGUCUGGGGAGUACGAAAGGAACCUGUACGGCACCAGCAGUGACUCGGUUCGACAGGUCAUCAACUCAGGCAGGAUCGGUCUGCUGUGCCUGCACACUAAGUCACUGCGGGUACUGCGGUCCUCCAACCUCAAGCCCUAUGUGAUCUUCAUUGCGCCUCCCUCUCAGGAGCGAUUGCGCACCCUGCUGGCCAAGGAUGGCAAAAACCCAAAGCCAGAGGAGCUGAAGGAGCUGAUUGAGAAGGCCCGGGAGAUGGAGCAGGCCUACGGCCACCUGUUUGACGCGGCCAUUGUUAACGGCGAGCCAGACACGGCCUUCCACGAGCUCCUGCGGCUCAUCAACAAGCUGGACACGGAGCCCCAGUGGGUGCCCUCCUCCUGGCUGUGCUAGGGGUAAGAGGUCAGGGUUGAGGGGUCAACCUAGCGUUCAACUCCAGGGAGCCACAGGAAGGAGAGUUUGGCCUGGGUUGUGAUCAUUAGGCACCAAAUGGAAGAAAACGUAUUGAAACAGGAAGGGAAUACCUGGACUUAUCCAAUAAGAACCAUUUGUUUUAGUUUUUCCUAGAAAAAUGUUUUAACACAUUUGACAACGGUGUAUCCUAAUGAACAUGACCCAUAACACAGCUCUGGAGGAACGACCCUAAAAGGAAGGAUGGACAAUGAUCAUUGAGGCCACCGUUAGACCAUUGUGGAGCCUCGCAGACACAAAAUAGAGGGCCAAUUCAUUUUUGCCAGAAAGGGUAACUUGUCCUUUAUCUAGCCAUCUUGUGAAAGUUGGAGUUUACUUCAUUUGCAGGGACGGACUUUUUAUUAUAUAAGUGUUUUUUUCUGUGUUUGUCUUUGUGAAUGUUCUUUUGGGUUUUUGUCAAUGUCGGCACCAUUCCAGAUUCCAGUAGCAUAUGCAAAGACAUUUAUACAAAACUGUAGAAAACAUAUUUCCAUUUUAUUCUACUCUAAAUAGCUAUUUAUGAUUGUAAAUAUCUAUUUUUAGAUGAAAUGGCAAACAAAUGUGAUUUACCAUUACCUCAGACCCAGUCUAAUAAUGUAUGGUUUGUUUGUAUGUGGUAUACAAGACUGGAACUGUCUGUCUCAAUUGAGGACCAAUUUGCUCCUGGGGAACUAUGUAACUUUCUCCUAGAAGUAGGAACCAAAGAGAAAGCCGUUGUAUUCUAAAGAUGGGUAAAGGUACUUGCUGUGUAUCAAUGAUAGUAUUAUGUUGUGUUAUCUUGAGUUGCUGCACUUGUACAUCAAAAACAGACCUCAAGAAUCAUUGAUCAUCAGUAAAGAUGACCUCAGUAUCCAUUGUCUAGUGUACCUAGUGUCUACCUACGGACAUGAAGUGUGAAAACAACAUAUCAAUUUAGCAUCAUUUAAUCUGACCAACUUUUAUUUUCUUUGGUACUUUAUAAGCACAACUCAAAAGAAGCCAUCUUCAAUAUAAUGAAUAUUCCUGAUGAGAAUUGUUUCAAAAUGGUGGACAUUAAAGUUACAUGAAU